CCUUGUCCACGCCCGAUCUCUCGGGAGUUAUCGUUUUGUCCGCUGUGUUAGCCGCUUGUAAUAGUGGACUAAGCGGGCGCUGGCUAACUACACUAUUGUGGAUGAUUUAAGAGGAUACAUGAAUCAAUAGUGGCGUGAUUUGAGGGAUUUUGGUAAUUCCAAAAUGAUACUCUAAGUCUGCUUUACUCGUCGUAGAAAAUGUAAACAAUUAUUGGAAAUUUUCUUUUCAAAAGUAAUGUCACAAAUCAUCUGUUGAAACUUCAAAAAACAUUCAGACUACACCUACAAAGCCCUUUUCAACGCAUCGGUUGUUCAACCAAAUCAGAUCAUUCUCGGCAUCCCGAUCAACCGCCAAUCCCUACAAUUUCAAGAAUUGGGGGGAAAAGAUGAGUCAAGCGUUCGAAGGUUAUGAGCGGCAGUACUGCGAGCUGUCUGCUAACCUAUCCAAAAAGAUCACUUCAGCGAGUCUCCUUGAUGGAGAACAGAAGAAACAGAAAGUGUUUGAAGUACAGACACGAUUAGGGGAUGCUGAGGCAUUGAUACGUAAAAUGGAUCUUGAAGCAAGGAGCUUGCCACCGAGUGUGAAGGCCAUGCUUCUUGCCAAACUAAGAGAAUAUAAAAAUGAUUUGAGCAAUUUGAAAUCGGAAGUGAAGAGAAUCACAUCACCUAAUGCCAAUCAAGCUGCAAGGGAUGAGUUGUUGGAAUCUGGAUUGCAAGAUACGAUGGCGGUAUCAGCUGAUCAAAGAGCAAGGCUGUUGAUGUCAACUGAAAGACUAAACAAGACAGGCGAAAGGGUCAGAGAAAGUAGAAAAACAAUGCUCGAAACUGAGGAGCUUGGUGUCUCAAUUCUUCAAGAUCUGCAUCAGCAACGUCAAUCGCUUCUGCAUGCACAUGGCACUCUUCACGGGGUGGAUGACAACGUAGGCCGGAGCAAAAAGAUUCUCACCAACAUGUCAAGAAGGAUGAACAGAAAUAAGUGGAUGAUUGGAACAGUUAUUGCAGUCUUGAUUAUUGCUAUUCUUCUCAUUCUUUACUUCAAGCUGAUCCAUUAGAUCAUCAGCUCUGAUGAUUGAACAUCCUGUUUUAUUUUUCCACUCCCAAAUGUAGAUGUCUUACAAUGCACCAUUUUUUAUGAUGUGUGAUUGUCGCUUUCUUUAUUUUGUUGGACUUAAUUUGUAUCUCAAAAUAUUAUGGUAACUGUAAUAUGAUAAUGCUUCGAUCAAUUGAAAGGCAAGAUACUGGAAAGUCUAAAUUCAAAAUCA